GGUACUUCUUGAAGGCGGGACGUUUGGUAAAGAGGCUACAACUGCCAAGGCAUUAUAAUCCCUACUUAGAUUAUAUAGGUUAUGGUCAUCAAGAAGAAAAUAUCAUUAAAGAUUAUUGUAAUCGGAGAUAGUGGUGUUGGGAAAACGUCUUUGAUAACCCAAUACAUCGAUAAGAAGUUCAGUAAUCAGUACAAAGCCACAAUCGGUGCAGACUUUUUUACAAAACAAGAGGUUUUUGAUGACCGUCUUGUAACAAUGCAGAUUUGGGAUACUGCUGGCCAGGAAAGGUUCCAGUCUCUCGGAGUUGCGUUUUAUCGUGGUGCUGAUUGUUGCGUCCUCGUCUAUGAUGUUACUAUGACAAGUACCUUCAAAACGUUAGAUUCGUGGAGAGAUGAGUUUUUGGUGCAAUCAAGCCCUCGUAAUCCCGAAAAGUUUCCAUUUAUUGUUAUUGGAAAUAAAUGUGAUUUAGAUAAUAGAGCUGUAUCCGAAAAUCGUGCAAAGCAAUGGUGUCAGGCAAAUGGUAACCUUCCAUAUUUUGAAUGUAGUGCUAAAGAAAAUACAAAUGUUGAGAAAGCUUUUGCUCAUAUUAUAAGAGUCGCCAUAGACGAAGAGUCUGCGACAAAUCUACACUCUGAUUAUCCUGAUAGUAUUCGUUUGGGAACUGAAGAACAAGAAAAUCAAGACAGAUGCAGAUGUUAAGGUCAUCCUUUUAUUGUUUCUUUUUCUCAUAAACAUCAUCAACCUUAUGGUUCCUCAUCAAUUGCAAAAGUCUAAUACUACUACUACUCUGUCCGAUAAUUACAUUGUCCCUUCUAAUUCACAUUUUAUUGCAUAACAAAUUGAACUUAAUGAUAUUUGGUUAUUCAUUAUCCCAACAUUCAUUCUUAUACAUAAUUUUAUUGUUGAAAUAUAUAUAUAUAUAUAUAUAUA